CAAUACGGAGUGAGGCGGUGAUGGUGGUUGCGGUAGUGGUGGUGGUGGUGACUGGCGGGUUGUUUACAUGAUGGCGGCGGGCCGUGUUUCGUGUGGCCUCGAGUACCCCAUCGUGCACGAGCUCAGUCAUGCCUUGCAGGAGUCCUCCAAAUCAGGAUAUGACUUCAUUUCCGUUCCCCUUGCCCACCCUCGCUUCACACGGGAGCAUGUGGAAGGCAAGGCCAAAGCAAGGCAAGGAGCCUUCACACGGUCAGACCUUCUCCUCAGCAGCUCAGAAUGGAAUAGUCUGAUUGUUGGCAAGCUAACAAUGGCGUCCAUCCUGAAUCUAGAGUCUUCUGUCAGCAGCCUCCGUAUGAACAGUGAAGAAACUCUCAAUCAGGAACUGACUUUUGCAGCACACUUGGGUUUGCCAGCCAUCACUUUCUCCCUCACAUCAGACAGAUGUACUAACAUAGCCAGAAUAUUUCACAAUAAGGUUGUCCAAGGGGUUUGUUAUCAGGUGUGGGUGAGGGUUCCCAUGCAGGCACCAGAGGAGGCAGCAUCUCAGUACCGUUCAGACAGGAAGCAGAGUGGAGAUGGAUUUGAAAUAGACACUUGGAGCUGGUGGAACAAGUUCCACAGUGUAGCCAAUAUUCAGAAAAAGAUUGGCUUGACAUUAGAGGUUUCUGCCGACCUUCCAGAACAGUGUGUCAUUGACAGGUGGUUAGGGGAGCCAGUGAGGAGUGCUGUGCUGCCCACAUCCAUCUGGCUCAGCAACAAGAAAGGCUUCCCAGUGUUGUCCAGAGCUCAUCAGCAGCUAGUCAAGUCAUUGGUGAAGCUCCAUGCACAGUUCAUCAUCACAGGCCCUCUCAGACACCAACACUACAAAUUUUAUCAGCAAUACCUUGACUACAUUACUAGGACACAGGUAGAAGCCGAUCCGUUGACAGAUUUUGCUCGAGGAUAUGAGGAUUACCUGCAGUGUCCUCUACAGCCUUUAAUGGACAAUUUAGAGUCUCAGACAUAUGAAGUAUUUGAGAAAGAUCCUGUCAAAUAUCGAGAGUAUGAACGAGCAAUGUACUUAGCCAUCUCUGACAGGGUUCCUGAGGAGGAGAAAGAUACCAAACAAAUAGUACUAAUGGUGGUAGGUGCUGGCCGUGGACCCUUGGUUAGGCGAGCACUGGCAGCGGCCCGGGCAGCUCGUAGGAUGAUCAAGGUGUAUGCUGUAGAGAAGAACCCCAAUGCUGUUGUAACACUUCAGGCCCAGCAAGAUGAGGACUGGGGGGACCAGGUAACGGUUGUGUCGUGUGACAUGAGGGAGUGGGAUGCACCGGAGAAGGCUGACAUUAUCGUGUCUGAGUUAUUAGGCUCAUUUGGUGACAAUGAACUCUCACCAGAAUGUCUGGAUGGUGCACAAAAAUUUCUCAAAGAGGACGGCAUCAGCAUUCCCAGCAGUUACACGUCCUACCUCAGUCCCCUUCAGUCUCCCAAGUUGUACAACGAGAUCAGAAAUUGCCGGGAGAAGGACAAGCACUUCCUAGCUCACUUUGAGACUCCAUAUGUUGUUUAUCUUCACAAUAAGAAGGAACUGGCACCAUCACAGCCUCUCUUUACUUUUAGUCAUCCAAAUAAAGCCAAAGUGAUCGACAAUACCCGGUACAAGUCACUGCAGUUCCAGAUCACAGAAGAUAAUGUUGUUCAUGGCUUUGGAGGUUACUUUGAGGCCUUCUUAUAUAAGGAUAUUAUGUUGAGCAUCAAACCUGAGACACAUUCACAGGGCAUGUUCUCUUGGUUCCCUAUACUCUUUCCUCUCAGGGAACCAGUGGGAGUGCAUCAGGGGGACAUCAUGGAGGUGCACUUCUGGCGUUGCACGAACAGGAAGAACGUGUGGUAUGAGUGGUGCAUCACUGCUCCUCAGAUCAUCUCUAUCCACAACCCGAAUGGCCGUGCCUACACCAUUGGGCUAUAACAGCUCAUGUAUUAGGAAUUUAUUUUCAACAUUCAUCUGAUGUUACUCUAUGGAAUUUGAAGUGUGAUAAUAGCUGCUUAUUGCACAUGUAGCUUUAAAAUCUCUAAAUUUUUAACAACUGCAAAAUUGCCAUUGAAGUAUAUCAAUUCAAACACUGAAAAGACCCAAAUACCACCAUCUUUUCCAACAAGCUUUUCUAAAUACUCAUGUUCAUGUAUAGGAAUGCCUACUGUGUUGUGGGUGAGUAAAGCCUCUUGUCAAUGCAGCAAGUCUGGUACAGUGAGGCUGCAUGGUGCCAUCCAGCAACAGUAUUUCACAGAUGGUUUAGUCAGUGUUACUAUCCACAGUUUUUCCUUCAGGUUGUAUUCUUUUUUGUAUUCUCAGAACUGCAUUUAAGAUUUGUUUAUUUGUUUGUUUGUUUUUUACCAUGUUACAUAAUACAGUGGAACCUAGCCAUUUGUCUACUUCGCUUAUCGUACAACUGAUUAUUUGCCCAACUUGUUCACAUAAAAUUCAUCUUAUCAUUUGUAUGCCUAUCCUGUAAUUCGGACAGCACCGCCUUGUUACUGGGUACUUUACCAAAACAUAUUUUGGGUAUUUUUACUUUUUAUAAGUAUAUUACAUGUAAUUGCUAAAUUUUCAUUGAAGCAUAAUGACAAUUUAAAAAAAACAAUUAUCUUUUUUAGUGUUUUGUAUUUCUAUAUUUAGAGGUUAGUAAAUGAAUGUUGUGUUUGUGUGAUAGAAAGCCGUCUCUUUGUGUUCUCUGCAAACUGUUAGUAUUGGUGAAUGAAGCUGUAGCAGCACUCCUAGGCCUGGUUCACACUAGCCCAUCACUGUCAAUGCCAUUGCCAUCUGUGACGUCACAGACAUGAUGGCCAUCAGCUUCAGAAGAGGUGAAACUCCAUCACAGGGCAAUGGUGUCACAUCAGCCCAUCACCCACACAUAGGCUACACCAAAAUGAGAUGGAAAAAAAGAAGAACUCUGCUAUUUUGUUAUUAUUGAGUAAUUCUGAAGACGAAGUUGCCCAGCCGUAUUUUUUAAAAUUUAUUAUGAUAUCUUACUCCUUUCUCAGUAGAAAUUGUAAUAUUUCAUGUUUUCAUGAUAUCAAGGAUAUCCAACACCAUUGAUAAUAUGACAACACCAUUGCUGUUUCUCUAUCAAAGUUGAAUUUAUUUAAUCUCCAACAGCAAGACAGCCAUUAUUAUGAGUCUUGAUUCAUAUCUAGCUCACCGUUUGUGAUGUCAGAGGCAGCAACGGCAGUCUGUGAGAACCCAGCUUUAUUAGUGAAUGAAGCUGCUGCAGCACUUUUCAGUGAGGGAAGCUAUUGCGGCAUGCGAAGCUGCUGCAGUACACUUUGUGGAUUAUGAAGCUGCAGCUCCUCACUGUGUAUUUGGCUUUCCAAUAUUUUUCUUUUCUUUUCUUUUGUUUUAAAUUUUUUCAGCAUUCAAUGUGCUCCUAACCUCUGGUAUUAAAAUUAUACAUAUAAUUUGAUAUACUCUAUUAAUUUUUUUUCAACAUUUAACGUGUAGGAAGUAUCAGUUUGUCUAUUAAAGGGGUUUCCAUAUUGUUAUUUAGGUAAUUUAUGUUUGAUAUGGGUAAUAAUAAUAAAUCUAAGUAACUUUGCAUUGGUAUCAGGAAAAUUAUUUAAUCUCAUUGGUUGAAUAGACCAAAAUGUGAUGGAAAGUGAUCUUAUACCAUUUGAAGACUGGGUAUCAGGUUAACCAGUCACAGUGUUUACAAUGAAAGCAAUAUUUGUUAUAUGAAUUUAUCCAAUCCUUUUCUGCACAUCUAAGGAGGUGUCUUAUUUUCACAAAUAAAGAAACUAAAGGCCUUAUUUUUUAAACAUUACUGACAACCUUUGCUUCUCUUUGAAAUUGAGAAGCUUCUUUCCUCCUAAUGUACAAAAAAUAUAUUUUAAGACAAUAAAACUAUAAUUACA